AUGAGGAGAGGAGUUCAGUAUUUUAUGAAGACAAGAAGAAGGCCAUCGGUCAGCCUAAGGUGGACAAAUUCUUCAUUAAAGGACACAACAAUCUUGGGAGUCUCCUGUUCCUCUCCAGGAUUCCUUCCAUCUUCCAGAAUUACAUGCGCAUCUCUCUGCAAACACUCAUCUCUCUGUAUAAGCUCCAAGACCCUCCUUCCUGCAGAGAUGAGUGAGCGACAGAUAACUUAUAAAGGACCAGAUCUCCAAAAUUCCCAGAAGAAAAGAUUCAAGAAUAGAGGUUCUCUCUGGAGGCUUAUGACUGGGAUCCUUGGAAUUUUCUGUCUUGUCCUUGUGGUAACAGUGGGUAUAUUGGUGUCACGCUAUUAUCCAAACCCUGUCCAACAAGCUUCCGUGGCAACACCUGAAAGAGGGCUUCACCACUGUUCUUGCCCUGAGAACUGGGUUUGGUUCCGACACAGCUGCUACAGAUUUUUUUCUCAUCAUAAAACCUGGAGAGAGGGUCGAUCUUCAUGUGAAGCUCAGAAUUCCAGUCUCCUUAUAUUGAAAAGCAAAGAAGAGCUGGAAUUCUUCACGUUAGAAUCAUUCCAUUGGAUUGGACUCUCCCAGGAAGAAGAGACUGGGAGCUGGAUAUGGGAGGAUGGCUCAAAUCUUUCUUCCAAACUGCUUUCUUUUCCCAUGGAUGAAAAAGACAGGAGAUGUGUGAUUUACAAAUCACAGCAUUCAGUUUUAUCAGAACGUUGUACCUACAAAACCCCCUAUAUCUGUAAGUUAAAAUACUUUUAA